AUGGUACCGGGUUCUGGAGACACAGUGAAGAGAAAUUCUUGUAGUUUCCCCGGCCUGGGACUCGUGUGUGCCCUGGUGUCCACGUUAUUCUUCUCCCUGAGCUCUCUGUUCGUCAAACUGGUGUGGGAUCUCCACCCGCUGGAGAUCACGUUAUUCCGCUGCGCCGCUCAGCUGGUGUGCGCUCUCCCUCCCAUCAUAUACAAGAAACUACCUCUCGUUCCCGAGGACACGUCUCCGCGGUUGUAUCUGCUAGGAAGGGGAGUUUUCGGAGCGGUGGCGCUGUGCAUGCAGUUCUAUGCGUUUCACCACAUUCCGCUAGGAGACGCCACAACCGUGAUCUUCAGCUCUCCGAUCUUCAUCGCGCUCUUCGCAUGGCUCAUCCUGAAGGAGAGUUACGGAUGGUUCAACUUUGUGGUCACCCUGACGACUCUGACAGGCGUCGUUCUGAUUUCCAAACCUUCGUUCAUCUUCGGAAGCGUCGUCGGCGUGCCGAAUACGACCGAGCACCUCCUCGGGACGCUCUCGGCAUUCGGAGGUGCUGUCUUCAGCGCGCUGGCCUUGGUUAUGAUUCGGAAGCUAGGUAAAACAGUGCACUUCCUCGUGCACAUAACGUACCUGUCAGUCUUCGGAAUGAUCCUUACAUUUGUGCUCCUGGUGGCUUUCGGCGAGUUCAGGAUGCCGCCUUGCGGAAGUGAUCGGUACUACCUGAUAGCGCUUGGAUUGUGUGGCGUCGGCGGACAGACAUUUCUGACCAAGGCGUUCCAGUUGGAAAAGGCGGCCCCCGUAGCGAUUGUUCGCACCAUGGAUAUCGUGUUUGCCUUCACCUGGCAGUUUCUGUUCCUCGGAGAGAUACCAGCCCCACUGAGCGUCGGUGGUGCAGGGCUUGUGAUGUCCUCUGCAAUAGCUAUAGCCGUCAAGAAGUGUCUUGCCGAGAGACAGAAGCAAUAG